CCUAAAUUCUCCCAUAAAAAACCCACCCCACCUCCCCACUUUAUCUCCUCUCUCUCUCUCUCUCUCUCUCUCUCUCUCUCUCCUCGCAUCGUCUCUCUCUCUCUCCUCGCCGUAAUCUCAGAGGAUUCAGUAUCAAUGGCUUGUACUGCAUAUAGUGUCGGAAAUUCGCCGAGAUUGGCGGGAACUCGAGCCACUAGGGCUUUUUUCAAGUAUAAUAUCAAUGGUGGAUCGAGUUCUUCGGUCUCUUUUACCGGUUAUCGGACAUGGAACACCCUAUCCUCUUCCUACUUGAAAGAGUGUUAUGUGUCGUCUCGUUGGAACUUCGUCGUAAGGGCUUCGAGGAAUGGCGGACAGCGUUCUGGGGAAUCCGUGCUUUCGGAUAAAGGCAAUGGCAAUGCGAAGGAUUCCGAAGAGAGAGUGGUGGUGUUGGUCAUCGGCGGCGGCGGAAGGGAGCACGCUCUCUGCUACGCCCUGCAGCGCUCCCCGUCGUGCGACGCGGUAUUUUGCGCGCCGGGCAACGCGGGGAUCGCCCAAUCCGGGAGCGCGACCUGUAUCUCCGACCUGGAUAUUGCCGACAGCGCGGCUGUGAUCACGUUCUGCCGCACCUGGGGAGUUGGGCUCGUGGUGGUUGGCCCGGAGGCCCCUCUAGUCGCGGGCCUCACGAACGAGCUUGUUAAGGCCGGGAUCCCCACCUUCGGCCCAUCAUCGGAGGCUGCGGCACUUGAAGGUUCGAAGGACUUCAUGAAGAAGCUGUGCGACAAAUACGGAAUCCCUACAGCAAAGUAUCGCACAUUCACGAACCCUUCUGAAGCAAAACAAUACGUCGCCGAACAAGGAGCCCCAAUUGUCAUAAAAGCCGACGGAUUAGCCGCCGGGAAAGGCGUCAUCGUUGCAAUGACUUUAGACGAAGCCUAUGAAGCCAUCGACUCGAUUCUCGUCAACAAUGCGUUCGGCUCGGCCGGUUCGAGAAUCAUCGUCGAGGAAUUCCUCGAGGGCGAGGAAGCUUCUUUCUUCGCUCUGGUCGACGGGGAAACCGCUUUACCUCUCGAGUCCGCGCAAGACCACAAAAGGGUCGGCGACGGCGAUAUCGGUCCGAACACGGGGGGGAUGGGCGCGUACUCUCCCGCGCCGAUAUUGACGAGGGAGCUCCAAUCGGUAGUUAUGGAGACGAUUAUACUUCCGACGGUGAGAGGCAUGGCGGCCGAGGACUGUAAGUUUGUUGGCGUGUUGUACGCCGGGCUCAUGAUCGAGCGGGAAUCCGGGUUGCCGAAGCUCAUCGAGUACAACGUGCGGUUCGGCGAUCCGGAAUGCCAGGUUCUAAUGAUGCGGUUAGAAUCCGAUCUAGCGAAGGUUCUCCUCGCGGCUUGCAGAGGGGAGCUCGGCGACGUCUCGCUGAAAUGGUCGCCCGGAUCCGCGAUGGUGGUGGUAAUGGCGAGCCGGGGCUAUCCGGGCGCGUACAAAAAGGGCACCGUGAUACGAAACCUCGAGGAGGCCGAGUUGGUGUCUCCGGCGGUCAAAAUAUUCCAUGCAGGGACCGCGAUAGACUCGAACGGCGAAUUCGUCGCCACGGGGGGUCGCGUUCUCGGGGUUACUGCGAAGGGAAAGGAUUUAGAGGAAGCGGCGGCGCGAGCUUACGACGCGGUCGAAGCGAUCGAUUGGCCCGAAGGGUUCUACCGGCGGGAUAUCGGGUGGCGCGCGCUCAGGCGGAAGCAGAACACCGGUUUCGCCGCCGCCGCGGCGGCGAAAAAGAAUGCAUGAAAAUGUUAGUGAAAGCAUUGUAUGUGUGAGCAGAAGCAAUAACUGGGAAUGGUAUCAAUGGUUAUGGUACAAAUUUUUGUGAAACAUUGGCUCUUGAGUAUAAAUGAAAUGUUUAAGUUAUUGAGUGUUGUAGAUUUAAA